GUGGGAGGAUGAAGUUCGUCGCUGCUACGAAAAUUCAGAGUUUUUGCAUACACAAUACUUAACAGUUGAGCUUAUUCUGCUCGUAGUUGAGGAAGAAGAAGGAUUCGUUCGAACUUUCUGCCAGUUGCACAGGCGGCAAUAAUAUUUUUCCGAUCGUGUGCAAUUGUCGUCAAAAUGGACGUCGGUGGGUCAGGAGUCACCAACAUAUUCAGUGUUCCGCAUGAAAUGCUCGUGAAUAUUCUUCUCUAUUUUAAUGCCAGAGAACGUCUGGCAUUCGCGAAGACUUGUAUAAAAUUUAAAAAUCUUGUACUCGAUGAUCCGGAAUUAUUGAGGAAUUUGGAUUUUUCACGAAAUGGAUGGCUAACAACAAUGGAAGAUGUCCAAGUAUAUUUUACGAAUGAAACUAGGAACAAGUUUAUCCGUAAAGUGAAUAUAAGCGGUAUAUUUUGGAUGAGGCCAGGUGAGAUGUUACGCAACACGAUUGGCAAAGCAGUGAACCUGGUCGAUGUUAAUGUAAUGGGAAUUAGAUUCGAAGACGUUCGACAGUUGGGAUCUUUUCUUGCACUGCUAAUACAUGUUAAAAAGCUGAUUCUUGAUUGGCCCGAGCCGGAUGAAGAUGUGGACUUUUCCAUUCGUGUUAUGAAAACCCCGUUCGGCAAACUCAAUUAUUUGAUAGCAAGAGUGCGCGUUUAUUCCAUCAAUUUUUUUCCUACUGUACAAUUCUGCUGUAAUGAGCUCGUGGAUCUCCGUGUAAUAGCGUUGCCAUCCCAGGACCAUGAACUAAAACAGAAUUCGUGGCGUUUGUACGGCCACAAUAAACUGAAAAAGCUUAAGAUUGUUCAAGCUCAUGGAUGGGAUGUGCAUCGCACGAUAUACAGACACAUUAUUAAUAUGCUUCCGGACCUAACUCAGUGGACAGAUUUUCAAAUGAUUGGUACUGAUUUUGCAAACAGAGGAUUCUAUCUUGAAAAAAAUCUGGAUAUUUCUGAUCAAUUACUAAGUACGCGAGUGGCAAACAAUAUUGAGAAUUUUCCAGUCUUGUGGUCUGUGCUUUCGGAAUCUUUGGUGCAAGAAACAGUCAAACUCAACUAUGAAAAGGUACCAAAGGACUUCUGUUGCUUCCGAAGAACAGGCGCAGAUGCAGCGUCAAUCGCCAAUAGCUUGCCACUCGCAUUGAGGGUUGAAGAGGCAAAGCGGCUGCUGAAAGAUCCCGGGUAUCAGAUAACUUUCUUGAACUUGGAACAUGACAUCGAAGCGUAUUGUGAUGUGCAUUUAGUGGGAUUCGCAUUCCCAAACUUGCGCGAUCUUAUUUUAUAUCGAAUCCUGAAAGCGCCAGAGCGAGUUCGGGGAAAGGAAUUAUUGCCGAGACGUCUUGCUAGCCGAGACAGUGGCGCAGCUAGCACGUCGCGGGAUGAAUUGGCUGGAAGUCGCGAACAUUCUUUCCGAAUUCUAAUAGACAACACACCCCAACUUAGGGAUCUGACGAUUUGUUUCACGGAAAACGAAGAACCACAACCCGAGACGUGGGACUUGGAUUCUCUGCUUCACAUUGCACGCUGGCGACAUCUCACAGCCUUACGUUUGGCCUACGUACCUAUCUUAGAUGGAAGAUUUUUGGUCGAGAUUGGAAAAAACUGUGAAAACCUGCAGAUAUUAGUGCUAAUAGAUCUGGCAAAGACGGGCCAGUCCAUAAGCUACAUGAACGAUGUGUCAGACAUGCUAACGCGAUGUCGUAAUAUAAGGGAAUUUUCAUUUUCAGAAGAGGAUAUCUUCGGAGUGUUUAACUUGCUUACCUCUCUUAGCUGCAACCCAAAGCUCGAAAGUGUCGAUAUAUUGUUUUGCGAAGAAAGAGAAAAUCUCCCGCGUUUAGUCGCAUCGAUGGAACAUCUACUUUACAAUUGCAAGAUGUUGAAUAAAUUUAAGUAUACCAACGUAUGGACAAUGGAUCGUGUUUUAUAUCGGAACUACUUGGUCGGUGAGUUACGCAGAAUAAAGGGUGAACUGAAUCGUCCGGAAUUUCAAUUUGAAGUGGUUAAUCCUUUUUGCAAGGAUAUUGUAAUCUUUGGUCCUGACGGCGAAUUUUUAGAAAAUAUAGACAUUAUUCAUGAAGCGUGCCCACCUUGGUACUUUAAUUGUCGUAAGCUGAACGAGCUGACCUGUAGGAUUAUUUUUCCUCUACUUAUUUAUAAAAAUAAUGUAUUCGGAGGAACGCUGCAAUAAUUUAUUCCUUCUAAGAUAUACUAUUUAUAAUAUAUAAUGUAUAACAUACUAUAAAUAUAAACCCAUUUGUCUUAUAUUUUGUACACAAACACAUAAGUACGUUCGAUAAAUGUUACUUUCAAUCAAUGAAUAUAUAUUGCGCCUA